AAUUAUUCAGCUGCUCUGUGCAUAUAUAUGUGGGUGUGUGUGGGUAUAGAUCCUAGGACAAUAAGAAAUCCUAACUAGAUCAGCACAAGAUUACUACUUUCUUGUUCAUUAUUAAUAUUGGUUUGGAGAUGGAAUUAGUCCAAACUUUGUACAAGCUUUUCUUGUCCAUUGGUGCGGUUCUUGUACUGGGAUCCGUCAUCCGACUGUAUGAAUCUCUGGUGAAGAAACCGGCAAGUGUCAGAGCACGGCUGAGGAAACAAGGGAUCACCGGACCACCGCCGACGGUUCUCCUUGGGAAUAUUCUUGAGGUUAAAAAGUGCCUAUCGACGUCGGCCAAGGAAAUUACAGCGGCAGCCCCUCCUAUCACCCACGAUUAUGCUGAUUGUCUCUUGCCCUUCCUCCCACAGUGGCGCAAAAAAUACGGUAAAUUUUUUAUGUUUGCUUUUGGGAACAAGCAAAUAUUACACGUAGCAAGAGCAGAUUUGGUGAAAGAGAUAACGAAGAGCACAUCCAUUAACCUGGGGAGGCCAUCCCACAACCAGAAAGAGAUGGGUCCUUUGUUGGGGGAGGGCAUCUUGACCUCCAACGGACCCCUUUGGCAAUAUCAGAAGAAAAUUCUAGGCCCAGAAUUACACAUGGACAAGAUCAAGGGAAUGGUGCACCUUAUUUGGGAGUCAACAAAUGUGGUGCUGGACUCAUGGAAGAGUAGAAUCGAGGCGGAGGGUGGAGUAGUUGCAGAUAUAUAUAUUGACCAGGAUUUGCUUGAGAUCUCCGGGGAUGUGGUAGCGAAAGCUUGUUUCGGCAGCAACUUCGCCAAGGGAAAAGAAAUAUUUUCCAAGCUUUGUACUCUCAAGGAAGCCAUCUCCCAGAGGAUCUUCUCCAUUGGCCUUCCUGGCGUGAGAUACUUGCCUACGGAGAACAACAGGGAAAUAUCGAGGCUACAGAAGGAGGUCCACGCGUUGAUCCUAAAGGUGGUGAAGGAGAGGAAUGAAUCCGGGCAAGUUCACAGGGACUUUCUACAAACUGUUAUCCAAGGUUCUAAGAACAGUAACUUUAGCCCUCGUGGAGGAGUUGAGCAUUUCAUAGUAGACAAUUGCAAAAACAUCUACUCUGCCGCUCAAGAGACCGUCGCGGUCUCUGCUUCAUGGUGCCUCAUGCUGCUAGCUUCAAACCCAGAGUGGCAAGAUCGCGUCCGCGCCGAGGUUCUUCAGAUCUGGGGGGCCCAAAUUCCCGAUUUCGAUAUGCUCCGAAAGGCAAAACUGCUGACAAUGGUGAUACAAGAAACUCAGAGGCUGUACCCUUUGGCAGUGGCAUUCUCAAGGGAAGCCCUAGAAGACCUUAAAAUAGGGGGAAUUGAGAUCCCAAAAGGAGUAGGUUUAUGGAUGAUGGUGUCUGAGCUGCACACGGACCCUGAAACUUGGGGACCCGACUCGUACGAAUUCAAACCGGAUCGUUUUGCAAAUGGGAUUUCUGGAGCUUGCAAGCUUCCCCAGUCCUACAUGCCAUUCGGGUUCGGUCCAAGGCAAUGUCUUGGCCAAAACCUGGCCAUGCUGGAGCUCAAACUCAUCAUUGGUCUCGUUCUUUCCAAUUUUUCUUUCCGCCUCUCCCCAAAAUACAUCCAUUCUCCGAUCAUGAAGUUGACCAUUGAGCCCAAAUAUGGCAUCCAUCUCUCGCUCAAGAAGCUCUGAAUUACCCUUUUUAAGAUACCAUCUUGUUAAUCGGAAACUGAUAUUUUUAUUAGUAUCUGAAAUACGAAUGUUAAACAUCAUAACUAGAUAUGGUACGCAAUAUAUGGAAAUAAAUGUCAUUAAUUUUCCAUUAGUGGGCUACCUUGUGCUAUGUUUGAGGGAAAUUAAUGAUA